CGUGAAAAAUUAGGCCCAUAACCCGAAUAGCUCUUGUAAUUUCCAGUUUAUUCAACCACUGAAGCUUUUCGGGAGCAGCGAUUAACGAAGAGAAGAGAAAGAGAGAUGGGAGGUGGAGAUGGACAUGGCGUGACCUUCAAAGGCAUCACUGUACAUCAACCUAAGCGUUGGCACUCCGUUACCGGAAAAGGAUUGUGUGCCGUCAUGUGGUUUUGGAUUUUAUACCGGGCCAAGAAAGAUGGUCCUGUAGUGUUGGGCUGGAGGCAUCCCUGGGAAGGCCAUGGCCAUGGUCAUGACCAUUAGAUAUGCUGUAGAAGCUGUGGCUGGAUUGUAAACCAAUAUGAUCAAUGCUAAUGUCUUUCUUGGAAAAUUCAGUUGAAUAUCUUUCGAAACAGUUGUGUUUUUUGUUCAAUAAAGAAUCCUAUGAAGUGGAUAAUUGUUUUUGCAUGUCAUUUUUGUUUUAAUUGAGCUGUUUGUCCCAUUGUUUCUGCAGUGUUGUGAACAACUUCUCUGUUUGUAUUUCCAACUUGACAAUAUAGUAAUUUUUUAUACAUAA